AUGUUCACAGAAACCAAGGAGGUCGAAUCAUCAAACACGAUGUCCGACAUGGAUCGCGAGUGGAAGCCGAAGGUUCGGCCUCAGUCGACCAUGGCGCAAGCAUUCUCGACGGCCUUGGACAGCGCCUUCAUGCUGGACUCUGACGUCGACAACCUUUCGCAAACCAUUAGCCAGAAGAAACAACAGAUGUUGAUCCAGACCCGUGAAUUGGAAGAGCUGCAGAAUCGCAUCCGCGAGGCCGAGAGGCGCCUCCAGUCCCAGUCUACCUGGAGUGACCACGCUUCGUCCCAAACCAGCCAGGGACAAGACCAGUCAGCUGCUUCCCAAGAAGGAUCCAACAACGAGCAGCAGCCGGAGCAGUCUGAACCGUCUGAGCAGUUUGAGGAAUCUGAGCAGUCUGAGCAGCGGAGAAACAACUGA